UCUUGUCAGUCGUGAUCGGUAUUUCGUAUAGUAUAUAUCACGCUGCAAAGAUUAUAUGAAACAGUGAAAAGAUACCAAAAGUAUUACGCGCUUGGAUUUUCAAUUGAAAUAACGAGAAGCUGAUCAUCUUUGAAUUGGUCAUCUUUUUAAUGUAAUAUAAAUAUGAGAAUUAAGACAGUUCCAAGACAUAGAAUAUUCCAAAGUAGAAUUAAGAUUGCAUCUGCAACAGAGAAUCUUUCUGAUGAGGAAAGUGUGGAUGCCGAAAAAGAUUAUGAGUCAACGGAUGCAAUAGAUAGCCAAGAAUCAAAUCAGACGUGCGCAUCAUCUUCAAACAUUCUGAUUCCAAUUAUGACAUCCACUAGCUUGAACAAUAAAGUGACUUUGUCUUCAUCCACCGAUAUAUCGCUCACUAAUGAUGAUAGCAAUAACAUAGAGGUCAUGAAUCUAUCAACAAAGGAUACUUCCAAUCGUGAUGAUGUUGCAUCAGGUACCUCCACCGAGCCAGAAGAUAAAUUAAAAGAUUCUUUUCUCUACAAGAUCAUGACCGAUCCAGACUUUUUUAAAAAUAUGCAGAGGAAUAAGCAGUCGAAGAAGUUUAUCUGUCUUUUCUGCAAGGAAGAAUUUAUGACGUGCGAGGAAUUGACAAGUCAUAUGGACGUGAAAAAGAACGAUAACAACCAGAUCGUCUGCUGCGCCUGUAAAAAGACUUUCGCCGAGAAGAGAUAUCUGAAGUAUCAUCAGAGAUGUCACUCUGAGAGGACCAAGUUCACCUGUGACAUUUGUACCAAGAAGUACACGAGGUUGGACAACUUGACGAGGCAUAACGUGUUGCAUGUGAAUCCUGACAAGUUCUCCUGUUCGAUCUGCAACAAGACCUUUACUCGCAAGGAUCUGCUCAACAAGCACCGAAAGAGUCACGAGAAGUGUAAUCUUUACUGCGUGAAAUGCGGUAAAUAUUUCAGAAGCAUUCUCACACUAGAAAAUCACCAAUGGACGCAUCGCGAAACAUCGAACACUUCAACAAAUACAGCUGUUUGUAAGACUGAGAAUUUAAUUCCCACUGGAAAUAUAAUUUGCAAAAUUGAGAAUUCAGUUUCCGCUGAGAAGAAAGUUGAUAAAACUCAGGAUUUAACUUCGGGUGAAAGUUUAGUUUGCAAAACUAAUGAUGUAAUUCGCAAAACUUAGAGAAUUUACCUUUUGAAAUUUGUUAGAUAAAACAUAUACAUAGAUGUGUAUCUAUUAUCUGUUCAUGCUAUCUCAUUUCUUAUUAUAUCUUUUGAUAAUCAAAAUAAAAAUU